UAGAAAACGAAGGCGCGCUCGACCUCUCGGCGCUCGCCUGCUCGGGUCUGGCGGCGGCGGCGCGGCUGGAGCGGGUGGGGCGCGUGCGGCGGGGCCUCCGGGCGGCAUGGAGGGGCAGGGGGCUGCUGCGCGGGGGAACGUCUCCCUGCACAACUUCAGCGCGAGGCUGUGGGAGCAGCUCGUCCACUUUCACGUCAUGCGGCUGACGGACUCGCUUUUCCUGUGGGUGGGGGCCACGCCGCACCUGCGCAACCUCUCCGUGGCCAUGUGCACCCGCUACGUGAGUGCGGCCGGAGGGCCGUGGGACCCCAUCCCUGUGUCCACUGCCCUCCUUGGGGACGUGUCCGACACGACGUCCACCGGCCUCGCCCAGCGCUUAGGUUGUCACGAGAGGGCAGCACACGCUCACGUUUAAACAGGAGAGUGGCAGCCGCCUCGAUUUACAGAUAAAGGAGAACCUGGAGCAAGGCUGCCUUCUAGCGCUUUCGGAGCUCGAAGGCUUUUACUGGCUGUCUUUAUUUUACUAGUAAUAAUAUCUAAAUUACUUUGAGGAUAGAAAGAUAGGUACACAGGCAGACUUCUUAGAAGUAGCAAGCGUGACAAAACUUCUGGAAUCUUCAGAAAAAAAUAAAAAUAAAGGAAAAAAAGAAAAAUAAACAAAAAACCAAAAACAACAACAAAAAAGAAUCUUCAAAUUAUUCUUUUAACCAUGUUAAUACCAGCGUCUUGAACACAGAAAACAAACCUCCUGUUUUCCACUUCCUUCUCUGUAUUACUUGUCUUGACUACCUUCCUGUGAAGUCAAGGACGAAGAAACAUUUCUGCCCAUCUUUACAGGAAUAUCACUGCCAAAAAUAUUCAGGUAGGAAUAAUGAACACCACCAGUUGUCACUUACUGCGGCCAGACCCUCUGUGUACAGUCUGUCCCCCACCAGUGCCCCCACAAGAAGGCCGUCAUGACGAGAAGGCCGUCAUGACUAGUCUUGUUUUGGGGCAGAGAUGAGCCCAGCUGAAGGACGUGCCCAAGGCCACAGAGGAACACAGGUUCCCUGCCUGCUAAAGGCCCGAGUCGGGGGCUCGGGGGGGGGGGGGGAUGUGACCUGUGUGCUUGGCUGUCCCCUGUCCUGUCUGUCCCCCUCCUGCUGUUUAAUGGUGAGGAUUACCCAUCACCCCCUUGGCCUGCGGUCACUCAUUGAGCCUGUGUUAUAAACAUUUAUAUAUAUAUGAUGCAAAUUUUAAAACAAGCUAAACGACCCCACGUGUCACGUGACACACAGGCCAUCUCUCUUCCUGGUGCCCGUUCCUGAGGCAUGUCUGGAGCAGUGACAUCAGGUGGGGUCCAUUGGGGGUGGGCACAGGGAGGAGCCAGAAGGAAGGUCUCCGGAAGGAAGACGCUUGGAGGAAGGGGUGGGCACCUGAGGGGAGGGAAGAGCUCAGCCGGAGAAGGGGGUGGCAGCCAGGGAGCGGGUGAGGAGGUGUCAGGCGGUGAAGUGGCCCCUCUGCUCAGGCAAAGGAAACAAAAGGAAAAAGAAACAGGACCUAAUUUAACUUUUUAAAGAUUUUGCACAGUAAAGGAAACCAUGGACAAAAUGAAAAGACAACCUACUGCAUGGCAGACCCUGUUUGCAAAUGAUAUGACCAAUAAAGGGUUGACAUCCAAAACAUGUAACAGGUCAUACAGCUCAACAUCAAAAAACAAACAAAACCCCGAUUGAAACAAUGGCACAAGAACUGAAUAGGCAUUUUUCCAAAGAAGAAAUGCAGGUGGGCAACAGGCACAUGAAAAGCUGUUCAACAUCGCUAGUCAUCAGGAAAUGCAAAUCAAAACCACA